UCAUCUUAAGAAAAUAUAUAAUGACCAAAUAUAGAAGAACCCGAUUUCAGGCUUGUAAAAUUGAAAUCAAGCAGGUUUUGUUAAAAAAAAAAUUGUCUUCGGAAGAAUAUCUUUACACUUUUGAGAACACAAAAAGCGAGAUUCAAAUCAAUAGAGAAAGAGAGGGAGUGAGAGAGAGAGAGAGGAUAGUUAAAUCAUCUCUCUCGUACAAUUAAGGCAGAUGAAAAUGGCAACUAGCUUAUUAAUGUGCAUUUUGGUCCUUAGCAUAGUUGUUCAGUUUUGCAGAGCGGACGAUGAUGACCUUUACAAAGGUGAAGUAUAUCAAAAAUGUUUCAAAGAUUGUGACGAUAAAUGCAAGGGGGAAGGAUAUGGGGAAGUUUUCUGUCAUAUGAGGUGUAAUAAACCUUGUGAAGCACAACAAAAAAUGCAUAACAUAAACGAGACUUUCAGGGCAGUUGAUGAUAUAAAAAAUUUCAUUAAGAAAAGUAUCAAUGGUGCAACAACUAACCGAAUACUAAGCAGUGAUUCCCUUAUCUCCAUGUUUGGUAUCUUCGUGCUAGCUUUCUUAUGUUACUAAGGUGAAUACGAAUAUAUUUUGUGAUGGAAUAUUUUCAGAAAUGCCAGAGUUAUACGAUAAAUUUACAUAUUCUACUCACUAAUUAAUUAGAAAAUCAUGUUUACUAUAUGACAAUUGAAUAAUACGGUAGUGAUGAGAGUUGAUCGUCUAACGUUUAUUUAUCUUUACCAUAUUAUGUAUUCGGGGUUGUAAUUAAUUAUUAAUGUGAGGUUGUUAAAAAAAUAUAUUUGAAUGCUUAUUUCAUUUAUUA